AUAAAGUCACAUUUCUGAGUUAUAAACUCAGAAUUUCAAGUCAUAAAGUCAGAAUUUCAAAUUAUAAAGUCAGAUUUCUGAGUUUAUAACUCUGAAUUUUUACUUAAUAGCUCAGAAUUCUGAGUUGUAUUACCUGAAAUUCUGACUUUAUAGCUAACUUGGAAUUGCGACUUUAUAACUUUCUGACUAUAAGCUGGAAUUCUGACUAGGUAACUUGGAAGUGCGACUUUAUAACUUUCUGACUAAGCUGGAAUUCUGACUAGCUAACUUGGAAUUGCGACUUUAUAACUUUCUGACUAUAAGCUGGAAUUCUGACUAGGUAACUUGGAAGUGCGACUUUAUAGCUAACUCGGAACUGCGACUUUAUAACUUGCAAUUCUGCCUUUAUAGCUUGGAAUUUUGAGUUUAUAACUAGCUCAAAAUUGCGACUUUAUUACUCAGAAUUCUAACAUUAUAGCUAACUUGGAAUUCUGACUUCAUAACUGCGAAUUGCAACUAAAACUCAGAAUUAUGACUUUAUAACCUCAAAUUCCGACUUUAUAGCCAACUCGGAAUUGUGACUUUAUAACUUAUUCUGACUUUAUAACUUGGAAUUGCGACUUAAAUUCAGAAUUCUGACUUUAUCCCUUGUUAUUCUGAAUUUGCUCAGAAUUGCGACUUUAUAACUCGGAAUUCUGACUUCGUACCUCAUUUUUCUAACUAUAACUCAAAAUUCGAACUUUUUUUUAGUAUUUUUUUUUUUUGUCAGUCAGUGGUGGAACGGGCUUCCAUAGACCAUUCUAUCAUGCAAUGCAGUGUGAAUUCUUUUUACAGAACAUUGUUUUAAUGUCCUAAGCUGAAGAACCUUUUGAAUUUUUUUUUUCUGGAUAAGCUACAAGUGUUCUGGGAAAUCAAGACUGGGCAAAAUUGUCUCAUAAAUGUGGAAUCAAAGAGUAGGCCUAUAAGCCAAAAGAUUGAGGACUAAAUGCUUUUGAUACAACACAAGAACCAUGCUUAUUCUCAUUCCUUCUGAAAGCUACCGAGCAAACAGAACGUCUACAUGUGGUUCCCAUUUUUUUUUUUUGGGAACCAAUCUAGAAAUUCUGGUGAUGUUCUCAGAAGAACAUACAUGGACCAUGUUUUUGUAUUAUUUAUUUAAUCACAUUGCUGGAGAGAUUUUUUGUACCAACCUAUAUAGAACAUAAAACAGACAGAUUGAUGCACUCCUAGAGAGAACAUUCUUUACGUAAAAGAAAACAUCACUGACAAACUAGAAAACAACCUACCAAAAAGUAACUCAAAGUCAGUGGCUUUGUGGAAUGUACAGUAGUAUUUAUUUAUUUUUUGCUUUUCAUAGUGUUUUAUUUUUAGCCACAUUAAUGUAUAGCACUUUAUCUUUUUGUUGUCAAACUUGUACAUUAACGGAAAUAUGACACGUCUCUUAAUUGUAAAUGUCACAUACAGAGGAAAAAUAAUAAUAAUAACAGGAAAAUCAACCAAAAAUGUGGGUUUGCAUGAAUGGGUUUACAUGAAUUAUAGCUAUUACACAAUAGAGAAAAAUCUAUUUGACAAGGGUUUGUGUGUCCUUGAAAAGGUUGUCAAUGUAUAAAUAAAACGGCACUUUUCUCAUUUUAAGUAAGUUUAAAAGAGGUAACGAGUCAAAUUCAGCAAGAAAAAUAUGAAAAAAAAACAAAGGAGAUUUCUAGAAAGCUGAUUAUAAAUAAAACAUUUUGCAUUCAGUACAAAAAGUUAAGAAUGCAUUCAAGAGACAACAACAAAUUAGGAUUUUCAUAAUAAAACAAUAACAUGUCUGAGGACAAAAGUGUGACAAAUUUGUAAACUUAAAAACAUAGGAACUUACAAACACAAACAAAAAAACAAACAAAUGGGGAGCUGUUUCUUCAACAUGUCCACAAAAAGAUAGAACACAAACAAGCCAAACUUAACGCCAUUAAAACAAACAACUUAAGUUCUCUGUUUUAAAAGUAGUCGGCUUUCUACUUUAAUUUUAAGUCACGUUAAACGCCAUCUACAAAGACAGCCCACAAGCUUUUGAGACACAGCCACACACAGAAUCUCAGUACAGUACAUAGGAAAUGACUCAUAGAGGAGUUGAACCCAACGCGUGGGUGUGGGCGCUAUUAAAACAAGACUGAAAGUUUGGGGUGGGUCAUUCACACGCGCUGCUUUUGCUAUGCUAGAAACCCAGUUGUGGAUUUUAAUCUCUUGAAAUCGCUGCGGGGAUUUCAGUCCAUAGAAAACUCAAUGGAUUCCAGUGCUACGUUGCGGUGUCUCUACUGGAUUUCACUAGUGUUCGCCACGCUUAUAAAUGGAAUAAACGCAGAUAAAAGUUCAGCUCUCUGUGCGAAAUCUGAAUUCUGGAACAAUGAUGCAGCUGUGUGUGUGCCUUGUUAUGAGUGCAAACAGUACCCAAAAAUUCCAUCAUGCGACACAUGCCCACCCAUAGAGCCUUCGGAUUCCUGGAGGGUGGCAGCAAUUACCAGUUUAUCUGUCCUGGCAGCCGUAAUUGUUUUUGGAGCCUUACUCAUAGGCGUUCUAGUACAUCAGUGCAGGUCCAGGAGGACCUUACGGGAUCCAAUUGAAGAGACAACGGGACCUCUUUAUGCAGUAUAGGUUCUUGAAACAUUUUUUUGUUUUUGUAUGCUUUGAAAGGGAUUUCUUCGGUUCAUGUGCGAUCUCCUAAAUGUUUGCAGCUCAUGGACCUCAAGGUGACAGCAUAUGGAAAUGGACUGUUACUCCAGUGAAUUAAUGCUCCAGUCGGGGAAGCAUUGGCUGGUACCUCAACCACAGAGUAUUCUAUGAGUAGCAUCUAAAUUGUUUAAUUUAUUUCAUGUUAUGCAUAGCGAAUAGUUAUGCACAAAAGCUGCACUGAGACCUUGUCAUUCACUGUGCAGAAUGAGUUCGCAAACCUUAGGUGCUAAGUGACACAACUGACAGCACGACAGCAUUUUUUACAUUCCUUUUUUUUUUUUUUUGGAACACUUAAGAUGCUUCGACGGGUGUUUUGCAGAAUUUAGUUUGAGGCCAUUCCUGUUGCAGUUAUAGUGCAUUUCCACUUGAUUAACUCCAAUUUGUUUAAGAUAGUACUAUUUUCCUUCUUUUUUUUUUUUUUUUACACCAAUAUGCCUCCUAAACAGAUUUAGCAUGGCACAUAGCCAUUUGAAUGUAUUUGUAUACUUCAUUUGUACAGUUUAGUUAUAUAUUUUUAUAGUGUUGAAAUACUACGCACUGUAGAUGUAGCCCUGUGUACAACGAUGUUCUGACACUGACCGGCUCAGCAGCCCGUCUAUGGCAUUGAUGAAGACUCUGGAGACAGAGGGAAACUGCAAAGACAAAGCAGCCGAUGAAACAGAAGAAUCGACAACUGACAAUUCAGAUUCUCUCUAUCAAAAAACAAAUAGCCGCAGGUGUCAGAAUCUUAAUUUUCCUGCCUUUAUGCACAUACGAGAUUAGAUAGUGAUAUUUACAUACUUGUAUCUACAUUUAAUCUCCCAUGUCUAAUCGUCUUAGUAAAAUGUUACAAAAGGAUAGAGUCAUCCAUUUCAGGUGUGUAGCUAGCAGUGGGCAUUAGGAAAUGUAUGUAUUUUUAUACAGGAGAUAAGAGUAAUUUUUAUAAAGCGUAUAAGACAUUAAAUGUUUGGAUGAAAUCAAACAAGAACAGGUGAAUCUCUAAAACCUACCAAGAUCAUGUCAGGGGUUUCAUUUCACCCUAGAUCAGGGAUGUCCAAACUCGGAGGGCCGGUGUCCUGCUGAGUUUAGCAGCUAGCUCUCUGCAACUCGCACAUGGUUGCCCACUAAAGCUAAGCAGGGCUGUGCCUGGUCAGUACCUGGAUGGAAGACCACAUGGGAAAGCUAGGAAGCUGCCGCAAGUGGUGUUGGUGAGGCCAGCAGGGGGCGCCCAACCUGUGGUCUGUGUGGGUCCUAAUGCCCCAGUAUAGUGAUGGGGACGCUAUACUGCUCAGUGAGCGCCGUCUAUCGGAUGAGACGUUAAACCAAGGUCCUGACUCUCUGUGGUCAUUAAAAAUCCCAGGAUAUCCUUCGAAAGAGAGUAGGGGUUUAACCCUGGCAUCCUGGCCAAAUCUGCCCACUGGCCUCUGUCCAUCAUUGCCUACUAAUCAUCCCCAUAUCAUAAUUGGCUUCAUCUCUCUGUCUCCUUUCCACCAAUCAGCUGGUGUGUGUGGUCUGGCACAAAAUGGCUGCCGUUGCGUCAUCCAGGUGGAUGCUGCACACUGGUGGUGGAUGAGGAGAUUCCCCCUAUUUGUAAAGCGCUUUGAGUGCCCAGAAAAGCGCAAUAUAAAUGUAAGGAAUUAUUAUUAACUUGCUUCAACACACCUGCCAGGAAGUUUCUAGUAUGUCUAGUAAGAGGUUGAUUAGCUGCUUUAGGUGUGUUAGAUUAGGGUUGGAGCUAAACUCUCCAGGACCAAGUUUGGACACCCCUGCCAUAGAUAUAAAAAGUGUUUUCUUUGCAUUACAAGUCCUUAAAAAAAUUAAAAAAGGGUAUUUUCCGCUCCACUUCCCUAGGAAGACUCAAUGUACCUCAUUGCAAUCACUGCCAUGUUUGUUAUAAAUCCAGAAACAAAGAAACUAGGGCAGAAUCUUGGUGAACAUAAACCUGUGAAGCAUGUUUAGCGCUGUCACAGUCUAGAGGUAAGCUGUUUGUGUAUAUGUGCCUUUACUCAUUCACAAUUACUCCACAGACUGCAGAGGAAACUAUGUAUUUUAAUGCAAUAAAGACAACUAAUACAA